AUGUUUAACAAGCAAGAGAAAUCUAGUUUCACGAUAUGCUGUGAAAUAUUCCUGGAAAUCGCAUAUCAACUUUCCAAUCUCAACAUAGCCACGCCCACUUUUCUUACUGAAUCUGCAGACUCCAUAAAUGAAACAUUCCGAUCUCAUUAUGAAGCGAUAAAAAUUGAAUCAAAAACACUCUUGGAACGAAAACUGAACAACAAAACGAGCGAUUAUAUUUUGUAA